UAUUAUCGUCUCUUAACUAUCAAAUAAGUACAUUAUUAGCAUACAUUUAAUGGCUUCUUUCACUAAUUUCUUCUGUGCAAUGUUUAUGGCUCUUUCGUUAGCAGUUAUUGCUUCUGCUGGUGUUAAUCAAGAUUAUGUCCCCAAUCCAAAUCUUGACAAAUCAGAGCUGGAAAAAGAGGAUUUAUUGCAUACGUUAAUUGGUGUUCAAGGCCUUAUUUACUGCAAAUUAGGCCCUAAAAUCCUUCCUGUUGAAGGAGCUGUGGCAAGAGUAACAUGCGAUGCAGUUGACGAGUAUGGAUAUGAAACGGAAGCAGUUACGAUAUUGAGCGGAGCAACUGAUGCGAAGGGCUAUUACUUAGCAACAUUGUCGCCUUUCGAGGUUCAAAAUAACAUCAAAAUUAAAGAUUGCAGAGCUUUUCUUGAAACUUCUCCGUUCAUGAAGACUUGUAAUGUGGCAUCGGAUGUGAAUAAGGGAAUUACGGGUGCAGUUCUCAAAUCUGUCGAGUUCCUCAGUGAGAAGAAGAUGAAAUUGUUCAGUGUUGGACCAUUCUUCUACACCACUGGCCCCAAAUCAUCAGUGUCUGAUGGUUAUUAAUUGAAGAAGAGUUAGUAUGAUUGUUCGUGGCUGGUAUCUUUAUGGUGGCUUCAGCUGGACAGAGUAAUUUGUAUUUUUGUUUGGUUAAACUUUUUUAUUUUAUUUGAAAUGAAUUUAUAUUUUCAUUCUUUAAUUAUUUUCAGCCUCUUGAUUUUUUACAAUUAAUAAAAAUUUCAUUCUGGCUCAAGCUUUGGAAUUU